AUGGCUUGCGCCGAUUGUCUGCUUAACUCUUUGGUCCUUACAGAUUCCACUUAUUUCCCUGCCCAGUUCAACCCAAACGAUUAUGUUAACGAUUUUUUGGGUUACAAUCCCUUGGGACCCGAGGAUCACUUCUCCCAAGAGAUAGAGAUAGAUGACGACCCUGAUCCAGAACAGCCAACCGGGACACCAGGCCACCCUAUCAGCAUCUCCAGCGGUUCUCCAUACCAAGGAUCGCCAUAUCAAGGGCCCGACUCUUGGGCCGAAAGGUGGAACCAACAUGAAUGGGCAUUUACCCCUUCAUUUCACAACUCUCCUGCUCAACCUCCUUUGGAUGAGCCAUAUCUUCAAGCGGUUUCUCCACCGCCUUUACCCGUUGAGGAACCACCUCAACAACCACCUCCCAAGCCGCCGAGGCGAAGGAGGAAUGCACGGAUGUCCGUGCGAGGGGGACCACGGUUCAGUUCCCCUCAAGGUUCAAGCUCAUACCCUCCUAUUCCCGAGGACCCACAAAUGGGUGGACCCUCGCAUGCGGUGCCAGAAGAUGAUCCCCCGCCAGUUUCUGCUGUUGCACCACCGCCACCGCCAGUGGGUUUUGAAAACCCGAUACCGACUUACCCAGGUUCGUCUGGCACUCAAAUCAUGGCUGGCUCUGACGAAGCAAACAGUCAUCCUGAGGCAGGAAACAAUAAUACCAGGAUAAAUGUUACUGCUGCUGAAUUGCAAGCGAUGAUAAACAAAGCGGUUGCACAAGCUGUGGAUAAUAAGUUUAAGGAACCGAGUAAUGUUCGGUCCUAA